UUUAAAGGAUAAGCUUCAUGCGCCGAUUGUGACAACAUCGAGACACUGUGAGGAAUUGAACGGGAACUUUACCAUAGAAGUUGGUUUCAACAGCAAAUUAUUUUUCUAGCAACACUGAAAUGUCUUCACUCGAGUUCCCAAGCAAAACGCCAGAAGAGGGUAAAGAAAUGGCAACGACUUUCGGAGGGUCAGACAACGGCUGCGGCCGCUGUUGCCGGUCAUUUUGUGGGGUGAUCAGGAGAAAUCUGCUCGUCGUUUUGCUGGGCAUCGGAGCUGCAAUAGGCUUUUUGAUUGGGGCGGUUAUCAACCCGACCGUGCAAAAUAUCGAGAAUCCAGAAACGAAGGCUACAACAACCAUGCUGAUCGGUUUCCCCGGGGAACUUCUCAUGAAUAUGCUGCAAGUUAUAAUUCUUCCACUCAUCGUGGCCAGUCUGAUCACUGCUGUGUCACAUCUCGAUGCAAGAGCGACCGGUAAGAUCGGGCGUCGUGCAUUGCUGUUCUAUCUGACCACAACGUUGUCCGCCGCCAUCUUGGGCAUGGUCCUUGUUUCCUCCAUUAGGCCAGGGAAGACUGACAAUCCAACUGGCAAUAAAUCAGAUCCGAAUCCCUACACGACCAGAGACUCCUUUUUAGAUUUAAUCAGGAGCUGUUUUCCCAGUAACCUUGUUGAGGCAACAUUUCGUCAGAAAAAGACUUACUACAAAACAGAUCCUGGCAAGUAUGAAUACCGCAAUGUGACUGGUAACUCUACAAAACUUGAAGAGAAUGAGGGAAUUUUGCAGACCAAUACAACAAACAUAACCACUAUAUUCAAAGAGAUAUAUCCACCCUCUAAUACAAUAUUUGCCGGAGUUGCUACUAACCCCACAGGGGGCAUGAACAUUCUUGGUUUGGCUGUGUUCUCCAUUGUGUUUGGUGUUGUACUUGGGAAGAUGGGUGUGAGAGCCAAACCUUUGACUGCCUUCUUUUCCUCCCUUAAUGAUGCUGUUAUGAUCCUGGUGACACUUAUCAUGUGGUAUGCACCAAUCGGUAUUUGCAGUUUGAUCGCUCAGCGAGUGGCCAGCAUGGAGGAUAUUGGAAAAGAACUCGAGCGCUUAGCCUUGUUCAUCGUAACAGUUAUGGUCGGUCUUACCAUCCAUGCUUUCAUCAUUCUCCCGCUUAUUUUCUUUGUGGUGCGAAGGACCAAUCCUUUUAUUUUCAUGUACAAAAUGAGAGAUGCUUUUAUGACCGCAUUUGGCAUCAGCUCGAGUGCGGCAACUCUGCCUACCACCAUACGCUGCCUUGAAGAAAACAACAAAGUGGACCCGCGCAUAAGCAAGUUUGUUUUGCCGCUGGGUGCGACUGUGAAUAUGGACGGCGCAGCUCUGUAUGAGGCUAUUGCUGCCAUCUUCAUUGCUCAGCUGAACGACUAUGAUUUGUCAGGAGGCAAAAUAGUCGCCAUUUGUCUUACAGCAACUGCGAUCGCAAUUGGUGCCGCUGGCAUUCCUUCAGCGGGCUCAAUUACCACCAUCAUUGUUUUGCAAGCUGUUGGACUGCCGCUGGAUGACAUCGGGCUCAUUAUGGCUGUUGAUUGGUUCCUGGAUCGAUUCCGUACCACGGUUAAUGUUUUGGGUGACUCUAUCGGCGCUGGUGUAGUGGAACAUCUGUCACGUGACGAUCUGCUCAAGUAUGAUGUCAAUGGCAAAGUGGGUGACCGCGUCCCUCUCAGUAACGGGGGGAAACUGGAUGACCCUGAUCAACUCGUGGUCACCUCCUCUUUGUAACUCAGUCUGUUGUUAGACGAUAUUAGUUCACUUGUAGCUUAGAUACAUUUAAUCGCACGUUCUGUAUGAUGGUUAGUUAGGUCGGACGGGGAAGCUCCUAGGCACUGUGCAGAACGCUUGUCAUAUAUUAACCGUUUAACAUAAAAAGCAAAUAGUAUGGCUUCACCGGGAUGUUUUAGGUAAAUAUAGGCCUUUGAUAUUUCAAAAUAAAAUAACUUUAGCUUUGGCUUUGGCUUAUGGCCAAGUAUAAACAUAGAACUACCUCAUGUUAGCUUGAAUAUUUCACCAACAUAGGAAAUUUGUAGCUGAUUGUAGUGAAUUUUUUAAAAUAAUAAUCUAAACAAUACGAAUUUAAGUAAAAACAUUGGUACACCAUUUUUCAUUUUACACGUUGUUCCGUGACCCUGAGGGUAAACAUUUUUCUUGAGGAAUGCAAUGAUUUAUCCAAAACCAAGAUCAUCAUGUUGUCGAUUUAUAUUCUAAGGUCCAUUGGAAAUGUUGAAAUCGUUCAAAUUGAUCAUAUCUACAUCUCCCCAUUAAAGGGGCAGUAAUCCAAAAAUAACUUGUUUGAGAUUGAUAAGAUUGUCCAACGAGGACGGCCUAUAUUGAUUCGUCAGUCCCUUAGGUUCAUCAUUUCUCUUUUUUUAGGGGGUGCGCAUGGUUCAUUUGGUUCUUAAUUCCCUCUUGUCGGGAAAGCUGAAACUCUUAUAAGUUUAUAGUGAAAGUAUGGAUCAAUGUCCGUAUUUGAGCACCUACACACCUAUCCCUCCCCUAACCCAACAUUACCCUGAACUUGUUAUCAGCUGACUGUUGUUGGGUCAGGGGAGGGGUGGGGUGCUCAGUUGCUCAGAUACGGUCAUUGAUACGAAAGUAUUUUCAACUUGCGAAAAGAUCCAUGUCCUUAUGUUUAUUCGUAUAUAGAUCUCAUAUUCCUACAGUAAAUUUUGCGCAAUGACGGUACGAAAGUUGCGUUUAGCUUAGAACUUAUUUACAUUAAGAGUUGAGUAUGUUCAGUAGAAGAAGCGUUAAAUGGUACUUAGAGUAUAAAGGGUUCCUUAUCAAUCGUUACGGCUUGAUUGGUUGUCUUAUACUUUUUGCUUUGUAGCGCUUUGUAGCGCUUUGUCAGGCUUUCAACGAAGUCAAUAAAAGUAAAACAGCUCUGCUGUUAGGUAGUUUCAA